UGGUCAGGUGUGCGGCACGAUUUGGUUUAUUGACAUUGUUCCACCGCUAGUCAAGAAGCGCUGUUCAAUAGGUCCGAACUAGCGUUCGCCGUUUGAAAUAAUUGUAGCACCAGAAUCAAAUCCGUCGAGAAACCAAAAACCGGUAACGAUUCUUCCAUUUUGCAGAACAAUCGACCGACGCAGAUCUGAAGUUUUUUCCCGGUCAAAAACAAACACAAAAUGCCAGUGCAAAAACUUGUGCUGUCUGCUGGUAACAGUAUGCUGCCACUACUACUCAUAUCAACACUGCUGGGAACGGUCGCCAACGGCCAACUCUCCUUCCAAACAGAUGCCUCGCACAACAGCUUCCAGAUCCGGACACCCGGCUUCCAGCAGUCCUUCACGCGCUACUUCAACGGACAGCAAGGAAGCUUGCUGGCAGCCCAGCAACAGCAACAGCCAGCACAACAAAGCCAGCAAUACGCACCCUUGCCACAAGCGUACACCCAAAAUGAUCCCGCCUACUACCAACAGUACUACCAGCAACAACAAGCAGCCCAACAAUAUCAGCAACAACCACAACAGCAGCAGCAACAGCUUCAACAACCAUACAGUCGAUUUGUAUCUCAAUUUGCUGGUGAUUCGUCGGCGGUAGGGCAGCCUCAGUACACAACUGUACAAGAGAAUUACAUAAACCCCAACAUCCGAUUAGCAGCCCAGCAGCGGCGAUUAUUACAGCAACAGCAACUACAACAGCAGCAACAACAAUUACAGCAGCAGCAAUACUACAACGCCCAGGAUGUUCAAGCCUAUUUGCAAAACCAGCAGGCCGCCCAGCUCUACUCCGGCCAACAACAGCAGCAGCAACAGCAACAGCCCCAAUCACAGAUUGAGUACAUCCAGCAGCAGCAGCAGCAGCAACAGUUGGAUGGCCAGCAACAGCAGGAACAGCAACAACAACAACAGAACUCGCCUGCGGCAGAAGGAGCCACACCGAACAAAUUGAUCGGAGUUGCCUUUUCACCGUCGAAUGAAGUGUCGCAGGUGAAGUUUAGCAGCAACGGGCUAAAGUAUAACUUUUGAGGUUAGGUGAUAAGUAGUUGCUUUUGAUGGCUGUUUGUAAACUUUUGUAGAAGGUACGAGUAAAUUACACGUCUGGUUGCUUCGAGUUUUAUGUAGGGAUAAGAGCCGUGAAAAAAGCGUUUGCCAGUUAGGUUAUUGUUUCCCGUGUUAGACUAGACUGCCUAUUGUUGUGUUUGACAAUUUAGUAAUAAAUUUAUACAACAAAAGUAAUAAUUUUUUAGCUUGCAUGAGUUACUGAAAAUCUGGUACUGUGGGACAAUCCUAAACAAAACACCCAAAUCAGUGAUAAUGUCGCUAUGUUCUAAAGAUAGACCAGCAAUGCGAUGGUUGAUCGACAAAAGCUGCUUUUUGCACUGGAAAUUAACUACGGUAUAUUAAGAAACGCUUAACAUCAUGUAGGGUGAACGCUCCUAUAUUCAUCUCAGUACCUAUAUUCAUCUCAUGCAACAUAAGAACUCAGAUGAAAACUGGAAAAAAGCUGAUUUUCCACAAUAAAUCAAUCUGCUGUUUUAUGGAAUGAGUUCCUCAUAGUCUACUUUGAAUAACUAAUGAAGUAGAAAUCUCAAAAACAAGCUUAAAGACUCUAAAUUCGAGAUAAUAAUCUGACAUCUUCACUCAAACAUUCAUUUAUUUCAAUCACCUACUUCGGAAAACAAAUUCGUCGUCUUGCUCCAUACGUCGACUACGGGAUUCGUCUAACAGCCGACAAAAAUUUUACCAUCAACAGCUAAC